CAAUCAAACGCCUGGUUCGCUCCAGCGCCAUUAAGAUUCGCUCUAUUCCAGUAAUCCCGAUGUAUUUCAUUGGGAAUGAUCUAACUACGUAGCACGGGGACUGUUUUUUUUUUAAGAAGCUGGAUUAUUGGACAUAUAACCGAAACAACACUGAAAAGGCACCCCCUGUCUGUCUUGCCUCUCAGGAUGUCUAACAUGGUGUUACUGUAGUGGAGAGGACCGCCACCUUAUGAUCUGCAGACAGUGACUCGGCCAGUCGAUCACCAUGCCUCGCUUAAGUGUCAGUCCCAGCUCAAAGCCUAACUGGAGCCCUGUCUGGCUCAUCUGUGUUCUCCUGGGCCUCUCGGCUAUACACAUUCAUGCUAAAGAUGUCCUUACUGUACCCCAGCAGGUGAGCCUAUCAGCCAACAUGUAUACACAGCAACUAUCCAUAUCCUGGCUGGGAGGAGCAGCCACAACCUUUGACCUCAUGAUUCUAAGAACUGAAUUCAAUGAAACUGUCUUUUAUGAGACAGUGUCUGUGACAGUGAAUCAGGUGAGUGGUCUGCACCAGUGGAACUGGACCUCUGUUGAACCUCUGGAGUGUACCUCGCUGUCGAUCAAAAUCCGCUCAAGAGAUGGACAGACAACAAGUGAAUGGAGCAACACUGAGAUACUUCAAGGAAGCGAUCUCCCCAGCAAUGAAAAAUUUCAGAUGUACCCCCAGGACAGAGUUGUACAUGUGGGGGCCAACACCACUUUCUGUUGCAUUAUGGAAGAGGGGAAAAACUUUGGAACCAUCUACUACGGCAACACAGUCAUGAAUGCAACACGCCUGAGUAGGCGAAGUUAUGCCACUACAGCGUUUAAUCAGGGACCAUCCGGCAGGACGGGAACCAACGUCUACGUUAACGACAACCCACAGACAAAAGUGACUGGAGCAGUGGUGUUUGUUGGAUAUCCACCACUGCCCAGUGAUUUUGUGUGUGAGACUCGUGACUUGACCUCAGCUGUGUGCCAGUGGAACGAAGGACGAAACACAUACUUGUAUGCCAAACGAGGAACGCGCUACUCUCUUAACAAGAGGAACUGUAGCAGCCAACAGCAGAAGCAGCAAGAGUGUAGUGUGGACCAUUGGGAGGGUAACUUGACACUGUUAGCUGUGAAUCCUCUCGGCCAGUACAGCCUCACUGACUCUGCUGAACUCAGUCACAGAAUCCGUCCAGUAGCACCAGCUAACCUGAACUCUUUCGUCCAUGAAUGGAAUGCCACUCUGCUGUGGCAGUGGAAGUACAACAGCUAUUCCUCCCUGGCUCUUGUCUGCCAGGUAGAGCUUGCCUCCCAUGGGUACAAAACAGUGCGUACCUUCUCUGGUGUGGGUCUGCAGUCGGUGUUUCUAUCGGACCUGUAUCCUGAUGAGGAUUACACUGUUCAAGUCCGCUGCGGUGCCCAGCAGAAUUUUUGGAAGUGGGGAACCUGGAGCGAACCAUUUUCCUUCAGAACCAACACUUAUGUUCCAGAUGCUCCUGAUGUGUGGAUGUGGAUGAACAGAGACAACACUGGGCAGGUCAUUUGGAAGCCUCUGACUCGAAGACAAAGCCAUGGUCAGAUCACAGGUUAUGAAGUUACUCUCUGGAGCCUUGAAGAAAAUCUACAGCACACAGAAAUCUUUUCACCGGAUACUUCUGCUGCUCCAAUCAACCUCACACAGAUUGCUACCUUCAGUGACAAGGUCAUAGCAACCGUCAUUGCAAAGAAUGCUGAUGGGGUGUCUCAGCCUGCAAGUGUACUUAUACCUCUACGUUUGACAGCAGUCAUGAAACUUUGUAGCAAAACUUGUUGCCACCAUGGGUUCCCCAGCAUAAACACAUACACAGCAGUGUGUUCCAAAGAUGUGAAACCCCUCGUGGCAGUUUAUGCGGACGGAGGUUUCCCUCUGUUCUGGCAGGGCGAUGCCAAUGCCACCUGUGGUUAUGUGGUAGAAUGGCAUGAUUCCUCCUGCAUGUGGGACUGCGCUGUGGAUUGGGUCAAGGUGGCCGCUGGAAACACUAAUGUCUCUAUUGAAUCAGCCAACUUCCAGCAGGGUGUGAGGUACAGCUUUUCCCUGUACAGCUGCUCCUCGGAGGCCCCAGAGCUGCUGCAGCGCUGGCAGGGAUACACGCAGGAGCUGGUCCCUUCUAGUUCUGUCCCUCUGUCAGCCAGACAGCAGGACUCUGAUAUUCUCCUUACCUGGGGAGAGAUCCCACUGGUCAACAGAAGAGGCUUCCUCCUGGGCUACAACAUUUACAUCAGUAAUGGCUCCCAGCUCACACUUUUAGCCAAUCUGUCAGACCCAGGAAGCAGGAACUACACUGUAAAAGGUUUCUCCUAUAAAAAGGGCUCCUAUAAAUUUACUGUCAAGGCCUACACCUCAGCAGGCGAGGAUACGGGCGGCACUGCCUCCGUAACGCUGGAGCCAUACACUGAUUGGCUCAUCCUGGAAAUCUUGGCUUCUCUGGGAAUCACAACCUUAUUCCUGUUCAUUGUCACCUUCAUUUGCUACAAGAAAAGGAAAUGGGUGAAAAAGGCAUUCUAUCCAGACAUACCUGAGCCCAAGCUGCCUGGUGAUUGGUCCAGGACACAGGGGCCGUUGGAUUUGAAGCCGUCUCCCCACAGUAUGGUCCACAUUGUAGAAAAGCCUGAGUGGGAUUCUAGUAAAGAAGUGCUUGUUGUCAUUCCUGAAGAAGACGAGGAUGAAGACGGGCAGGGUAUUGGAGACGAGCCAGUUGACACAGAUGAGCCAACCUCAUUACGCUACUACAACCAAGUGGUAGAUGAGCGGCCCAUUAGACCGUUUUCCCCAGACUCCUCUGCUUCCUCUGCAUCUUCUUUGGAUUCAGCACGCACCGAUGUGACAUACACAGGGAUUCAGACCUCAGGGUCUUCUUUGGUCUUCCAGCUGGAUUCACAGGGCUCCUCUGAGGGCCACCAACCCCAGGCUGAUCUGUCUGUCAGCUGUGGAGGUGGAGGAGGGGGUUACCGACCCCAGAUGCAACCUAGAGCCCCAAGUGAUGACAUGGGCUUAUCUUCACACGAGCCUUUCCUAGAGCCUCAGGCUGCCAGUGCUGGGGGCUACAAACCCCAGAGCUCCUGGCAUUUGGACUCCCCUGUAGAGGCUGAGGAAAGUGGUGGCCUGGCACCCUCUCUUGGAUCCCCCACCUCUGUUGCUUCCACUCAGUUCCUCCUCCCUGAUGGAGCGGAACAUGCAGAGGAGAAACGACAGCUGUCAUCAUCUGCAGCAACCUGGUUCACCAACCUGCUGUCAUCCACAAAACCGUGAUUUCAUUUCUCUCUCACUCACUCGCUCACUAGCAGCCAGGCCAAGGGGGUUAACAUAAAACUUUCAGAUUCAUUACUGUUACCAGUGUCAUGCAUCAAACAAGCCUAGCCCAUAUGGUCUAGGUAAAUAUCGCCUCUGAUGUAACACUACAUUCUUAUAGUGGCACUUUGACAGCAGGUUAAUUAUGCUAUUUAAGGUGUUUAUUCCAAACAUAAAGAAAUACACAUAUACUGUAGUUAAUUUUCUCUUUCAUGCAGAUAUAAAAGAUAUCAAAAUCUGUAUAUUUAUACAUCAAAACAUUUCUAUUCUGACAACAAAUCUCAUCAAAAGAUUUCUUCAUACCUCUUUUCCACCAUAUUUAUUGCACACCCUGGCAACCUGGUGGCUGUUACGUCCUCUCACUGCCUUUUCAGUUUGAGUUUCAGUUGAGUAUAUCCAGUUUUUUGCUUGCAUUUCUAAUGUUUUUAUUUUUUGUGAUGUGAACUAUACUACAGAAGGAAACUGAAAGCAAGAAAGUUUCAAACCGAAGAACACUACAAAAGAACAGUUUCAGUAGAAAGUAGUUAAGUAGACAGAAAACUUCCCCCUCAUUAAUAUCCAUGUCUUCUGCUGGUUGGUUAUUGAGUUAAUCAUGCCUGUUUUCUUGCUUGACAGCUGAUGAGCUACUGAAUUGGGGGGAGGCAUGUUUACUUUUAAAGAAACUAUACAAUUUGAAAGGUAUGUAAAGAUGGCAAUGUAGCUCUCAUCCUUACAGACGUGAUCUAUUUUUCACAAAUGAACAGUGAGAUGUUACUUGAAUGAAUGAGAACAGUUGUUAUUUUACAUAGAUACAGGAGUGGUGCUUUCUAUUGUCUGGGAUUGUAUGGGUGAUGAGCCCAGUGGAUAUACACUGAUAUAAGCUAGAACAUAAAUACAAACUGAUGUAAUUUAAUGAACGAACACAUUAUUGUGUAUUAUGUUACUUUUGAGAUUUCUGUUGUUGUUUUGUCUUCCUUAACCAGUAGGGUUUUUUUUUUUUUUCAUUCUUUUUGUUUUCUUGUUAAGAAGCUCAUUUCAGUCAGACCAGUGUCCUUUUGUUAAUAUAAUGUUAAUGUGUCGGGCAUUAUCAUCAAGCUGAUGAUUGGUAUUGAACAAAUUAUGAAAAUUAACUUGGAUGGGUUAUUACAGUGUUUAAAUUGCCUUGAUAAAUGUAAUGCUUCCAUUAGUUUGCACCAUAUCACAUUUCACCCACUGCCUUGCUCAUAAAUGUUAUGUUUAGUGAAAAAGAAUAUCUUAAUGUAAUGCAGUUCAGAACUGAUUGGAAAUUUAUUUUGUUGGACAUACAACAGAUUCCACUGCCACUGAGCGUAAUGUACAAAGGAUGUUUUAAUUAAAUUUUAGUACAUGCUGAAAUUUCUAAACUUUGGUUGCAUUAUAAUUGCAUUGAUAUUACUCUCAGCCCUCUCAGUAUAUUUAUGUGGAUGUGAAGAAUUAUUUUUAUUUGAACCAGUUGCUUUAUUUUCAAGCCCAGAGAGAUGGCUGAUAAUGCAUUUGAUGUUGAUUUGCUGUGCUUGGAAGUGUGUUUAUUUUUAGGGAGAUCUAAGUCUACAUUACAUUUAAUGUUUUUUUAUUUUAUUUACAUUUUUUUAAUGUGACUAGGAUCUUUUCAUUACAAAUUUUUCCUGAAGCCUCCUUGUAAAAUGUGUGAUUGGAAAAGAGGAUGAAGGAGAAAGCAUUUAAUGGGAAAUGACCAAAAAUGUCCAGAAAUGCUAUAAUUUAGCUUUUGUUGACUAAAAUGUGGGGAAAUGACCUUGUGGAUAUCGGUUGCUUGACAGCACUUUGGCAUCUCCAUAAUGGUGUCAAACAUAGCCUACUAAUUGCCCAAGUGCUCCACAUACUCCAUUUGCUCUCUACUCUUGUGUACAGUGUGGGUGUUAAGGACGCACCAUUGGCAUUCAAAAGCAUCAUUAUGCAAAUAUUAGCCUUCGAAUCCAGUGAUAACCAGGAUGUUUAUUUUAUCAUGUUCUUAAGAGUCUAGCCCUGGCUUGCCUGUGUGGCAGCCUGUGGUCUGUUGUUUCUCAGUGCCUCCAGCCAACAAGCUUUAAGUAAAACUACUGUGACAUAAAUGAUGAUUUAGAUUAACUAUAAUCGAUAGCUUCAUUGAUGAACUGAUAACAGGCAGGCAGUCCUCUUUGACUACGGAGAAAAUGUAUCCCUUCUUUCUCUUUAUGUUGUCACACUGAUCUGAAUUUUUACUUGAUUAAUGGGGCAAAAUGGUUAAAAGAAUUUUGUCAAAAGCUACACUUUGCACCAGUCAAAUUAAGUAAAGAGUGAACCAGCCUGUUGCAUUGUGUAAGAUCAGUGAUCACUUCAAGGCAGUGGUAAAGGGGGGAUAUAAUUUUGAGUACUUAAACAUGGCUGCAGAUUCUAUUCAUUUGAAGCCUGAACAAACAAGCAGGGUUUUGGAGACAAACCUAUGAACGCUGUGUGUUACAUUUUACAUUUAUGUUGAUUUGGAUCAACAAAAUGGCACCUUUUUUUUUUUUUUCUCUGUUUUUAUACAACUAACUGUACAUAAUUGUAAUUUUCUUUCAUUUAUUCCCUUCUGACAAUACAAAAUCUUAUGUUGAUUUACAUUGGAAAUGAUACUCCAUAUACUACAACAGGCAGAGUUAAUGUUGACUAACCAGCUUUCUUAUAAUAAAGGCAAAUGUUUGUGUUGAUGACACCAAAUAUAUAUAUAGAGUCCUAUGAAAUGUAGAGGCAUCACACUGUAUAUUUGUUGUGUGUUUAAACACAUGGAAUUGUUUCUAAAUGUGUCGGUCAGUCAUGUAAACUUAAUCAGAAUUGUGAUCCUGUCUUCUAAUAAUAUUUUAGCCUGCUUUGCAGUCUUAUCUUAUCACAGCAGUGUCGCUUUGCCAGUAGGGCUAGAUUACUCACCAUGCAGACUCAUAUAUGGCAACUGUUGAUAUGAUGCAAUUUUACAUUCAGGCCACUACUUUUUUCCAUUAUCCAUAUACAUUUUUAAUUGGAGCUUGUGAUUACUGUGUAGAACAUUACUGACUUACACAUUGUCAUCUCUUGCCCUAGAUGUUUUUGCGAAAUCAGUGCAUGCUGUAUAAACUAUUACUACAAAAAAAUGGCUCAUAAAUCCUUAAAACUCGAUGUUUAUGUUACCGUAUGGCUUUAAAACACUCACACUGACUAAUGUGCAUGACAACAUGACUUAAGUAUUGUGCACCUGAAAAAGGCUUUCAUUUCUGAAAAUGCUUUUAUAUUUCAUGAUAUUUUGCAAAACAUUUUACUAUUGAUUGAAUGAAAAGAGAAGAGUGCUUCUGAGUGAAUAAAUAAAUGUUAACACUAAUAACAAAAUGAAAUGCUACUUGUUUAAAGGCAAUAAAGUUAUUCAUCUGA